AUGUUGGACACAAACUUCUCAAUCGUAGACUAUUUAGUGUUUGCGCUCCUAUUGAUCGCCUCAUCACUAAUCGGAGUAUACUUUUGGUACAAAUCGCGAAAUACAGCCACAAAUGCCGAGUACCUGACCGGUAACCGGCAACUCAGUCUCAUCCCGGUCAUAAUGUCUAUGGCGGCUACUUUUAUGUCCACUAAUACAUUACUAGGUAUGCCGGCUGAGGUAUUCCAAGUGGGCACUCAAAUGUGGGUCACAUCAAUAUCAUGUAUUAUAGCCAUUGUAUUGACGGCUGAGGUUUUUAUGCCUAUCUAUUAUACAAUGGGUUUCAUAAGUGUUAAUGAGGGAGGCAUAAAAGCGGUCAUUUGGACGGACGUAUUGCAGGGUUCACUUAUGUUACUUGGAGUGCUUGUGGUUAUCGGUGUGAUAGAAACGGGUGGAUUGAAAGAGCUAUGGAACAUCAAUGAGCAAGGUGGUCGACUCAAAUUUUUCAAUAUGAAAGUAGAUGUCUAUAAUCACGACAACUUCUGGAACGUAUUAAUUGGUACAGCGGUAACAUGGUCGGGCGGUUACUGUAUAUCACAACCACAGAUACAAAGAUACUGUAACGUGGGUUCACCUCAAAAGGGUCGGCGGGCGUUGUAUUGGAAUCUCCCGGGGCUCAUAGUAUUUAUCGUGAUGUCCAUAACGUGUGGCAUGGUCAUAUAUGCAAAAUACCACGCGUGUGACCCUGUUACUUUGGGUCUGAUUAAAAGGCACGACCAACUCAUGCCGUAUUAUGUAAUGGACACUCUAUCUCAAUACCCGGGACUACCUGGUCUUUUUGUGGCAUGUGUGUUCAGUGGGUCGCUCAGCACCCUAUCGUCGGGUUAUAACUCAUUGGCGGCCAUCACUUGGGAGGACCUCAUUAAGGAUCGCGUGAAACUCAAAAAUGAAAGCCAGGCACUCCUUGUCUCUAAAUUAAUUGCCAUGUCGUACGGACUCAUAAUCAUUGGGUUCGCGUUUCUCGUGGGAAACGCAGGGACUGUAAUGCAGGCGUCGAUGGCUAUAAGCGGAGCUAUGAGUGGCCCUAUAUUUGCCUUAUUUCUUGUCGGCAUAUUUUAUCCGUACGCCACCGCACCGGGCGCAUUAAUAGGAUUUCUGAGUGGAUAUGGCGUUAAUUCAGUCCUAGCUAUCGGUUCGUUGGUUAUGCCGCGACCGAAGGUGUCGUUACCGACUACUCUAGACAACUGUCCCGUGGAUGUCAUCCAAAGUGUGUUCACCCGAUUUGAAACACUACCCAACUCUACGUACAUCCCGUCCUAUGAUAUUGUGGUCGGAGCACUGUAUUUGUCAUCAGUUUUGACGACAAUGACACCGUUGCAGGUGAUGGCUGACUGGCCUUUGCUUUCAUAUGCGAGCUGCUGGAUGACUGAACCCGGGUCACAGAAAAGCAGGGAUGCCGUCGAUAUUUCAGGUUUGGGAAUGGGUUUCCAUUCGGGAGUCGACCACUCAGGCUCAGGUGGACUCCACUCGGGUUUGGGCUUAUGUUCCCAAUGGUUGUCCCAUUCGGGCUCCGGUUGGUGUUGGGGCUCAGGUUUGUGA